GUUACUUUGUGGGAUACCCUGGAAGACCCACUAAUCCUCCCUUCGGGUCAAUUAAUUCAAACAUUUACUGCACAAAUGUUUACCGGGUUCCUGUGUGCCCUUCUUGGUGUUAGCUCUUUAGGAUACAGCCCCUGAUAUCAUGGAGCUUAGUUUGACGGGUUACCCCAGAAGGGAAGGUUAAAAUCAAUGGAGGAGAGACGUGGCUUUUUCUCGUUGUUACUUUGUAUGAAUUGUGCUUAAAAUAUAAAAUGUACUUUUAAAUGUGGAAGGUGCUCUGAAGAUUUGAGCUGAACGCCAUCUCGAGAUUUAACUAAUUGUUCUCUCCUCUCUCUGACUGUUGGACGCGCACCUUUUCCGGAGGAUGGGGGAGGUAACCAAAGUCCUGUGCUGUUACCUGAACUUGUGCUGCACUUUGGCGUAAAUUGCAAUCCAUUAGGGAUCAUUUCUCAGACUCAAGUUAGAAGUGAGAGCUCAGAUAAGUGAGGCCACCAUUGCUGCUUUGAACACCUCAGAAGGGGAGAAUGGAUUUAUCAGGAGUGAAAAAGAAGAGCUUGCUAGGAGUCAAAGAAAAUAAUAAAAAGUCCAGCACUAGGGCUCCUUCUCCUACCAAACGCAAAGACCGCUCUGAUGAGAAGUCCAAGGAUCGCUCUAAAGAUAAAGGGGCCGCCAAGGAGUCGAGCGAGAAGGAUCGUGGCAGGGAUAAAACUCGAAAGAGGCGCAGCGCUUCAAGUGGUAGCAGCAGCACCAGGUCUCGGUCCAGCUCUACCUCCAGCUCGGGCUCCAGUACUAGCACUGGCUCGAGCAGCGGUUCUAGCUCCUCGUCAGCAUCAAGCCGCUCGGGAAGUUCCAGUACAUCCCGCAGCUCCAGCUCCAGCAGCUCCUCCGGGUCUCCAAGUCCUUCUCGGCGCAGACAUGACAACAGGCGGCGUUCCCGCUCCAAAUCCAAACCACCCAAAAGAGAUGAAAAGGAAAGGAAAAGGCGGAGCCCUUCCCCUAAACCCACCAAAGUACAUAUUGGGAGGCUCACCAGGAAUGUGACCAAGGAUCACAUCAUGGAGAUAUUCUCCACCUAUGGGAAAAUUAAAAUGAUUGACAUGCCUGUAGAAAGGAUGCACCCACAUCUAUCUAAAGGCUAUGCAUACGUGGAGUUUGAGAAUCCAGAUGAAGCCGAGAAGGCACUGAAGCACAUGGAUGGAGGACAAAUUGAUGGCCAAGAAAUCACUGCCACUGCUGUGCUGGCCCCCUGGCCUAGGCCACCCCCCAGGCGAUUCAGUCCUCCCAGGAGAAUGCUGCCACCACCUCCCAUGUGGCGCCGAUCACCCCCACGGAUGAGGAGAAGGUCACGCUCCCCGCGGCGCAGGUCCCCUGUGCGACGGCGAUCCCGCUCACCAGGCCGCCGCCGCCACAGGAGCCGUUCCAGCUCUAAUUCCUCCCGAUAAGCAAGCCACUGAAGUUCUGCCCCAUAACUUAUAUCCCAUCCAACUCAAUUCUGUCACUUUUCUAGCCGAAGGAUAGUCAGUAGCAAACAUUCUCACUCGGGGGCAGGCUUCCAAAGGCAGCAUUGAGAAAUUUCCUCUGAAGGCCAAGUUUGGCUGCAGAAGUGUUGGUUUGGGAUUGUGCCUAUGAAGAUGUUCUCCAGUUUCCUGGCUAGAAAGUUCCCACAUUUUCAUUCCCUGAGAGUUAGUUCAGUGGCAGGACCAGCAGGAACAGAGCAGGGUUCCAGCUGGCAGUGCCGCCCCAGCAUGGGAACACAUUUUUCUAUUCCAGAGAUGACCUAGGGCCAACCUCGUAGCCUGAGGCUCCUUCCAGAAAGGGUAUGCUUUUGUGCAGCUGCCAUUCCUGUUACCUUGGCCCUGCUCCCCUGCUUGAGUUUCUGACCUCUAGGGUCAGAUAUCCCAUGAGUUGCUGUAAAUGGUUCAGUUUUAACAUGGUUCAGUUUUAACAUGUGCUCAUCAUGCACAUACACUCAUACCCCACAUCUCCUUUCUCUCUGAAGUUGGUGAGCAGACCCUUCCCCCUUCAUGGUGGUCUUUGGGGUUAUCUUGGCAACAUGUACAUUGCUUUUUUGGCUUUUAUUGUACAGUCAGUACUAUGAAUUUUCUGUUUUGAGUUUUUUGUAACUUUGUAGCAUUUUAGACAAUGUGUUUAUACUUUGUUGUGUAGAGUUAAAGGAUUGUGUUGAAUAAAUCUAGGAUUAGAAUACAGAUUGAAUGUUGGGUUCACUGCCUCCUUCUUGUACCUUUGCCCCAAAGAUAGCUAUGGUUGUGAGGGAUACAUGGCUGCCUAAGUUCUGAAUUUUGGUUUUAUUUUGUCAACAUAAGAAAUAUUUACAACAAUGAGGUAUCACCUCACACCUGUCA